AUGAACAAGCUUUUUGGUAUUACUAGAAACUUUUCUAGUUCUGCACCGCAAAAUGCAAUUAAAACAGUUACAGUUGUUGGAGGUGGGCUCAUGGGAUCAGGAAUCGCACAGGUUGCAGCUCAAGCAGGACAAAAUGUGACACUAGUUGAUUUGAAACCUGAACUACUGGAGAAAGCUCAGAAAUCUAUCCAAAAUAACCUGACAAGAGUUGGUAAGAAGAUGUACAAAGAUGAUGUAUCAAAAGUGGAAAACUUUGUGAAAGAUUCCAUUAACCGAAUAAAAGUGUCAACUCAGAUAGAAGAUGGUGUAAAUUCAGAUCUAAUCAUAGAAGCAAUUGUUGAAAAGCUUGAUGUUAAACAGGAGCUAUUUAAUAAGCUUGAUCAGCUUGCACCAGAACACACAAUUUUGGCGACCAAUACUUCAUUGAUUUCUAUCAACGAGAUUGGAGCUGGUAUUAAGAGAAAAGAUAGAUAUGGCGGCCUUCACUUUUUUAAUCCAGUGCCCGUGAUGCGCCUCUUAGAAGUGAUCAAAGGUGAAGGUAUCUCGGAGUCCACGUAUCAAACAAUGAUGGAAUGGGGCAAAGCGAUCGGCAAGACUUGUAUUACCUGCAAAGACACGCCUGGGUUUGUGGUCAAUAGACUGUUGGGACCUUACAGUGCUGAAGCUUUAAGAAUGUAUGAAAGAGGUGACGCUACAAAAGAAGACAUUGAUAUCGGCAUGAAAUUAGGUGCGGGGUACCCAAUGGGACCUUUUGAGCUCGCAGACUACACUGGCCUCGACACCAAUAAGUUUGCUCUACAAGUUAUGUAUGAGAAGACUAAAAACCCAGUUUUUAGACGAAUACCUCUCUUGGAUAGGAUGGUCGCUGAAGGAAAACUUGGUAUCAAGACCGGAGAAGGGUUCUAUAAGUAUAAGAAAUAG